AUGGCGGCGCCCUUGGUAAGAAACGCGUUUUUGGUGUCUGCAAAUCGUCUGACGAAACCGGCCUUUAUCUCCUCUUCUCAUGCUCACAAAGGUAUACUUCAGAAUGCAGCGGCUGUCUCCAGGUUGUGCUGUGUUUGUGGGAUCAAAACUGGACCUGCAGAAAGUGAAGAAAACAGUUCACAACCUGAGCCCUCUCCCUGGACCCUGAUGAGUGCGGUGUGUGUAGUCCGUCGCCCCCUCAUCAUGGCUAAACUGUCAGACGUGGAGCUGAGAUACAAACAGCACCUGGAGCAGCUGCACCUGGAGACUAGCGUGCUGUCUGAUCAUGAAAUUCAGCUCAUGGAGGAAACGGUGAGGCUGCAGAAACGUCAGAGAAUGGGGUACGAUGAUGAUGAUGAGGAUGCUGCCCUCCUAUUGGCUGCAGAUAAGGAGGACCUGGCAGCUGAUAAACUACAGGACUUCCAACCUGCCGAUAGAUCCACAGAAGCUGACACGACAGAGGACAGAAGCAGUCAGCUGAGGAAACUGGACGUCCCGCUGUACCUACUGGUGAAACAGAAGCUGGGAGACAAGGCUGUGUGGGUCAUGCCACAGGGGAAGAGAGAGGAAGGGGAGACUCUUAGACAGACAGCAGAGCGUGUCCUGCAUACCUGCUGCGGCUCCCAGCUCAGAACCACCUUCUAUGGAAAUUCUCCCUGCGGAUUCUACAAGUACAAGUUUCCUCGGACACUGCGGUCUCAAAAUAACCUCGGGGCUAAGAUUUUCUUCUUCAAAGCGGAGCUAUCCUCAGGCCAGGUGGAGUGUGGGAGUGAGGCUGUGCAGGAGUUUGUGUGGGUCACUUCUGAGGAGAUGAAGGAAUACCUGCCGCAGAAAUACCUGGACAGUGUCUUACCUUUCGCUGUAAACCUGUAAAAUCUAGUUCUAUUAUUCUGUAAUGACAAAAAGAAUUGCCAAACAGUUCAGAGUUUAAGGGUUAAUAAUUGUUAUACAACUACAUUAAAUUACAAUCAUGAAAGUUCAUCUGUGUUGGU